CGGCGGACUCGGCUCUGGUCGGGUUUCCUCAGGCUUGCAACAAAGAAGACAACCCGCUGUUCCACAAACCUCUUGCUCUGGGUCCUGGUGCUCUCUGCGAGCACGCUGAGUAAAGUGAACUUCAUGUCUGAGGACCAGUCAUUGGGGCAGGAUGGAGAGUUUGGGCUUGCAAGCAGUGACCCUUAGUGACGGGACGACAGCCUACAUUCAGCAGGUUGUCAAAGGUGAAAAACUGAUUGAAGGACAGGUCAUUGAACUUGAAGAUGGGACCACCGCUUAUAUCCAUCAGGUGACAGUUCAGAAAGAGUCUGUGGCUUUUGAAGAUGGUCAGCCAGUAGUGUUGGAAGAUGGCAGUAUGGCCUACAUACACAACACAGCUAAAGAAAGUUAUGACCCCAGCACCUUCGAGGCCGUCCACCUGGAGGAUGGCUCCACUGCCUACGUACAUCGUCCUGUCGUCAUGCCACCUGGCAGCACCAUCCUGGAAGUGCAGGCAGAAACUGGGCUGGAGGAGUUGGCUGGAGAGGAGGAAGAUGAUGCCUUUGAUGUUGAGACUAUUAAUGCAUUAAAGCAAUACGCCAGUAAGGAUUUGCGGGAGGAGGAAGUGCGCGGCAAUGAGAAGGGGCAGCAGGUCAGCAGUAGAGCUUUCCGUUGUGGGUACAAAGGCUGUGGCCGCCUCUAUACCACCGCCCACCAUCUAAAGGUACAUGAACGUGCUCACACAGGUGACCGGCCAUAUACGUGUGACUUCCCAAGCUGUGGGAAAGCAUUUGCUACAGGUUAUGGGCUGAAGAGCCACCUGAGAACCCAUACUGGUGAGAAACCGUACAAGUGUCCAGAAGAUUUGUGUAGCAAAGCCUUCAAAACCUCUGGGGAUCUACAGAAACACAUCCGGACACAUACAGGUGAGCGUCCCUUCAAGUGCCCCUUUGUGGGCUGUGGCCGCUCUUUUACCACAUCCAACAUCCGCAAGGUUCACAUCCGAACGCACACAGGUGAGCGGCCGUACAUGUGUCCGGAGCCCAACUGCGGAAGGGGCUUCACCAGUGCCACCAAUUACAAGAACCACAUGAGAAUCCACACAGGAGAGAAGCCGUACAUGUGCACUGUGCCAGGCUGUGGAAAGCGCUUCACAGAGUACUCCAGCCUCUACAAGCACCACGUGGUCCACACGCACUGCAAGCCCUACACCUGCAAUAGUUGUGGGAAGACCUACCGCCAGACCUCCACGCUGGCCAUGCACAAGCGCAGCAGCCACGGUGAGCUGGAGGCCACGGAGGAGAGCGAACAGGCCCUCUACGAACAGCAGCAGCUGGAAGCUGCUGCUGCUGACAGAGGCUCCCCUCUGAAGAGCCAGCAUAUUGCUUUCCUGUCAGAGAUGGAGGAAGAUGAAGAGGAAGAUGAUGAUGGUAUGCCUACGCAGGUCUCGCUUAUCUCUCAGGAUGGGACAGAGCAGGUCAGUUUGUCGCAAGAAGACCUGCAGGCCCUGGGCAGUGCAAUCAGCAUGGUGACGCAGAGCGGUGCCCUCGCCGUGCCCGAGGAAGAGCUCGCAGCUAGUGACACGCACACCGUGACUGUGGCCAACACGGAUGGCACCGGGACGGAGCCGGUUACCAUAGUCACUUCUGGGGCAGUCAUGUCUGAAGAAUCGGCCAUCACAUCCCUCCGUCAUCAGCAGGUGGCAUUGCUGGCUACUGCCAACGGCACCCACAUAGCAGUGCAGUUAGAAGAGCAGCAGAGCCUGGAGGAAGCCAUCAGCAUGGCCGCAGCAGCCAUCCAGCGUGAACCUGUAACGCUUGACGCAGCUGUGUCUGAGAACGGGUGCUGAGACCCUGCAGAGCCCCCCAGCAGGCAGAGCCGGCAGCCCCAGCCUGUUCUCCGUGGGGACGGCGGGAACUGCAGGAACCGGGCCAGCUGGCGCGCAGAAGAGGUGCGGCGCGCAAGCGAGGGAAGGCGUCCGAGACCAGCGGCCAGCCUGUGCACCGCGCAGGCGGUGAGAGCUGAUGCUGGCAGCGUUGGGCUACCAGAGUGACCCUGUUCCAAGGGCCCUUCUCUCUGAGGAGGGAUGUCAAAGAUACUUGGCUGCUGCCUUCUCCUGGAGGCUCCACUGUUUUCCUGGGCUCUGAGCAGCAAAUUUCCUGCUCCCUGCCUUGGGCACUGACUCCCUCUGGCUGGAGGAGAUGGCAGAUUGUGUCUUCUAGUAUUUAUUUCUUCAUGGCUGAGAUUUCUAAGACCUGCCCGUCUUCUGCAGUAGAGGGGGAACUACAGAGAUUUCAGCAGGCUCUGGGAGUGCAAAAUAUUUUUGGAGAGGCACUUCCUGCCCUCUGCCUCCAGGAAUGGUCCAACAGCUCCCCUUUCCUGCCCACCCUGCCAGGGAAGGGGCAAGUGGGCAGCAUGUGCACAGAAGCGAUAAAGCCCCAUCAAAGCAAGCCCAGGCUGUCCUGGGCUCCAUUCUGGAGUGGUGACGAGUUCCUGAUGCUGGAGCGAGCACCCGGGCUGGCUCCGGCAGCAGUUCUCCCAUCUCUUUAUCACACUCUGCUCUCGAGCAAACUUCCUUGGCAGGCUCGGCGCUGUGGAGCAGAGCGAAGCGCUCCCUCCACCAAAGCCAACCAGCACUUGUUGUGGGCUGAGCUAGGCUUGGAUGUAAAUACUGAGUUGAAAUAAAAACAAA